UCUAUAUUCGAUGACUUUUUAUCACUUUAUACAUCAAUCAUUUGCUUAAAGUAAAUUAAACAACCAAAUAAUGUCUCGAAUAAAACCCUUGCGUAUCAUAAAACCAACAAAUUCCAGCCACACCGGUUCUGUCAUCUUUUUACAUGGGUCAGGAGACACUGGUAAAGGAAUUCUCGACUGGAUCAAAUUCCUAAUCAGGGAUUUCUCCCUACCUCACAUCAAAUUUAUUUUUCCUACAGCUCCUCUGAGACCUUACACACCAUUAGAUGGAGCCUUAAGUAAUGUGUGGUUUAAUCGGUAUGAUAUCACACCCGAUGUCCCUGAACACGUCGAGACUUUAGAUGACAUCAAACACGAUAUUAAAUCAUUGAUUUCAGAAGAGGUUGACGCUGGGAUCCCCCUGAAUCGAAUUGUAGUUGGGGGGUUUUCAAUGGGGGGCGCUUUGGCCUUGCACACUGCCUAUCGGUUCACUCCAGGGUUGGGGGGCGUCUUCGCUUUAUCGUCGUUUCUAAAUAACGAAUCUGAAGUUUAUAAAACCAUUCAAGCUGUUGAUACUCCACUUUUCAUGUGUCAUGGAGAUAGGGACGAACUGGUGCCCCUAGAAUGGGGCGAGGAGACUUUCAAUAAUCUUACAAAGUUAGGAGUAAAAGGGGAAUUUAUACCACUGACUAAUACUUUACACGAAUUGAAAAAAAAUGAACUCGAGAAAUUACUAGAGUGGACCAAAAUUGUAAUACCACCAGAACGAGGGCCUUAAUUUUUAUUCAUUUAUUAGUAAAUAUAUUUUAUUAAAAAAAAA